AUGAUGAUGAUAUAUUCCACAGCUCAGUACAUGCAGAUGUAUUGGAACCAGAAGGAAGAAUGUGAUAAGUUACCAACAUAUGGUGGAAAAAAAGACCAAGUUUCUGGGAGGGGGACAAGUGGUUUAGGGAUUGUUGUUGGAAAUACUGUAACUACUACAGGAAAUGGUGCUAGGAUGGGUACAAGUGCUGAUAGGAAGGGAAAAAGUGCUUUUGAUAAGGCCAAUGGUGUUGGGAGUGACACUGGUGCUGGCAAGGCCAAUGUUGCAGGAAGGAGCAAUGGGGCUAGAAAUGGUGCAGUGGGUAGAGGAAUAGGAGGAAGAGUAACACUUUCCGAUGUGUUAGAUAAAAUCAAAGCAAGAAAUUGGAAAGAUUAG